AUGAAGUUCCUCAACUCUAUCAUUGCCUUGUCGGCCCUGGCGGUCAGCAUCAACGCUCUUCCUGUCUCUGUCUCCAACGAUGAAGAUAACACUUUCACUGAUAUGGCGAUCUCCGAUCUCUCCGGCCGCCAAGUCCCGCCCCCUUCGGCUCUGACUCCGGCUCCUCAACCCGAAGAUGAGAACGAGAUGGACGAGUGGGAAGAGGAGGCCUUUGAGGAAGAUGACGUCGAGGACGAUGGCGAGGUCGACGCUCAAGGCAAGAAGAAGAAGAAGAAGGGCAAGAAGGGCAAGAAGGGAAAGAAGGGCAAGAAGGGUAAGAAGGGCAAGAAGCCCGCUGAGGCUGAGCAGCCCGAUGCCGUGGCCCCACCUCCGGCUGCCGGAGCCGCCCCGGUCCCCGCUGCGGGUGUCGCUCCGGCUCCUGCCGCUGGCGCCGCUGCCGGUGCUCCUAAGCCUGCUGCUCCCGUUCCGAACGCUACUGCCCCCGGAGCUGCCCCGGCAGCCACCACUCCCGCCGCACCCAAGGCUCCCGCGCCGAAGCCUGCCGGACCUGCAGCCCCCGCUGCUCCCGCCGCACCUGGUGCUCCUGCGCCUGCGCCUGCCGCUCCCAAACCCGCCGCCCCCAAGCGAGCUGUGGCUUUCGCCGCCUAA